AUGGGAAGAGCUCCUUGUUGUUCCAAAGUUGGGUUGCACAAAGGUCCAUGGACUCCUAAAGAAGAUGCAUUGCUUACUAAAUAUAUUCAAGCUCAUGGAGAAGGCCAAUGGAAAUCACUACCAAAAAGGGCUGGGCUUCUUAGAUGUGGGAAAAGUUGUAGACUUAGAUGGAUGAACUAUCUAAGACCAGAUAUAAAGAGAGGGAACAUAACUACUGAAGAAGAUGAUCUUAUAAUCAGAAUGCAUUCACUUCUUGGAAAUAGGUGGUCUCUCAUAGCUGGAAGAUUACCAGGCAGAACAGAUAAUGAAAUAAAGAACUAUUGGAACACCCAUCUCUGCAAAAAGCUGAAAAAUCAGGGAUCAAUAGAUAAGUCAUCUUCAGAUGCUGAACAAGAACCUGCCAGUGCCAACAAAAAGAAGAAGAAGAACAAGAAGAAGGACAAGAAGAAAGGCACAAAUGCAGAGCCACCUAAGACACAAGUUUAUCUACCAAAACCUAUAAGGGUUAAAGCUUUGUCACUACCAAGAACAGAUAGUACCAAUUCAGCUAGUGGAUCAACAAGCCAAGAGAAACAAGAAAGUCCAGGAACAACAAAAGAAGUAACAAACAUGCUAUGUGAAGUUGGUAAUGUUGGAGAAAACGAUGGUUUUGGAUUUUUUGGUGAAGACCAUGACCUAGUCAAUAGAUUAGAUGUUGAAUAUUGCCAAUCUUAUUUUGCCACGGAUCAUGGUACACUUGAUAAUCUAUAUGAAGAGUACUUGCAGCUCUUGAACAUGGACCAUAGCCAAUAUGAUUUGGAAUCUUUUGCAGAAUCUUUGUUGGAGUAA